AUGGCCACGGCAGGGUCGGCAGCCCUCCUCGGACUACUGCUUUUCUUGGCUGUUGCUUUGGACUUGCCCUCCGCAAACUCUUGGGGAUCGACCUGCGACCAGGGUUCCCCGGGCCCACCCGGCCCUCCUGGCCCGCCAGGAUCGAGCGGUGAGUCCGGAGCCCCGGAAUUCUUGGACUACAACAACUGGAGACAAUGUGCCUGGCACUCUGCCAACGGCAACGAUUAUGAUGGCAACAUUUACACAUGCACCAUUCAGAAGCGCUAUUCCAACAGCGCUCUCUACGUCGCUUAUGGUGGUAAUCUUCGAUUGUAUGGCUGCGACGGAUGCUGUAAGAGAUGGUACUUUACGUUCAACAACAACGAGUGCUCACCGGUACCAAUAGAUGGCGUUGUAUACCAACACAACACCUACCACAUGAACCUGCAUAGGCACCGUAACAUCGAAGGUUACUGUCACACGCUGGGUGCAGGGCAGAUUGACGUUCGUUUUGCGGUAGGUGAUUGCCACGGUCAUGGGAACGCUGACGCGUACACGGGAUGGAACAGCGCCUCACGUAUCAUCGUGAAGGAGAUACCGGCCUCACCUUACGGUUACUAGACUGACGGAACCUAAGCUCACCUCACAGUUUGAUGAACGAUGCUCCGUGUGUCGUCAGUGUGUGGCGAUCUAAGCUAUUACCCGGACGGGACGGUUGUGGGUUUCCUUGGACAUUUUCUCAGCAGAGCUGCUUCGUGUGGAGAUGCAGUACUUAGGUCGACCUUUAAUGGGUGAUAAUUCAAUCAAUCUUCAGCCUUGUUCGCACUUUACACGAAUCACCUUAUUGGAUCGAAAGCGAUUGCAAAACAGGCGGGACAUGGAUAGAUUUCACAUCGGCCUCGUCUUUUUCAGAAUGCAUACAAAGUACUUUAAUUAAGGCAGGCGAGAAUUUUUCAACCUAAAGCCUCAUCUACAUAAAACUCGCCUUGUCUUACGUCAUCAUUGGGCGUGGGGAAUGCUGGGAAUAAACACACCACUUUUGACGGAUCUCUCAUCGCUGCAAAUACACAGAGUUUUUAAAUUACAUGAACCAUCAAGCAGUUAACAUGCUGACAUAUUUAGAAAUACCAUAUCAACAAACACUUAUGACAUCCAAAUUAUAACGACUUGACCACACCUUGAAAGUAAAAUUUAGCAAUGCGUGAUGCCACCCUGAAAGGAAGAUAUGGACUUCCUUAAAGUACAAGUUCGGUGCGGGCGAUGUGAUGAAUGAUGGACAAGACGUUGGGGGCGGUGUUGUUGCUUGGCCAUCUCACAUCAUGAUGCUGACAUUUGUCAUUAUGAUUUCUUCUAAAUCAAGAUGUCGACAUUCUGCAAUUAAGAUGUUAUCAUUCCUUAAAAAGUUUGUUGAUGUCGGCAUCUUAAGUUUAGGAUACCAAAUAAUGCAUGUUUGAAAUACAAGUACUUACAAAGUCGCUAUAACAUUUUAAGGAUACUAAAAACCCCAACAGCCCUAAGUAGCAGAUUUCUCAUAUCCAGCUACAAAUAUUCAUUGACAAAUACCCAUAAUUCUCAUGCUUGCUUUUGGCCCCAUGCAGAGACAUUAAUGUUUUGUUCGGAAAAGCGACCUUUAGAAACGCAAUAUGGCGUUGAUACUGUUAAUUUCGUUCUUUUGCCUCGGAUAAGUAAUCUCUUCUCCCAGGUUUGAGUUACCUAAUGUUUGUUAGGUUCGAUUUAUAUUCAUGCUGGAUGCAAGCAUCCAAAAAUAAAUUGCGACCUCAUAUGAUUUGUAUAAUGCACGAAUAAACUGAAUCACUAGGUCAGUAAAAGUCUUAAGGUAAAGAAGUCGAACUUCGUUAAUAAGAAAUCACUAAUACAAGAUUCUGCUUAUGACA